ACCGUACGUCAUGCCUCCCAACAACCCUUGAGAGAGAAAGAGAGAGAGAGAGUGGAUUUGUCAGGCCAUGUCACCAUGCCUUGCCUGGAAACCAGUUUGUCAGCUUUGGCGGUGCAUAUUCCUGCUGACAGGUGGGCUGAGGCAAACAGUCCUUGGAGCUCCCAGGGAGGGAGAGAGAGCGAGAAACAGAGAGAGAGAGCAAACACACUCUUAUCAGUCACAGUGUGUUAAAAAAUUUUCUCUCAAUGGGGCAGGGUGAUACCUGCACAGUUUUCACAGUGGACUUCAAGAGCAACACCAACGGUAAUUCCAUGGAAUCUCAGGUGUAAAUGUUGACGUUGUUGUGAAGUAGAGAAAUAGCCAUCAUGACUAGGCACCAUAGAUCAAAGAGCUUCUCCGACAGCCUUUUUCUGGCGGAUGAUGGCAAAGGAGGUGUGGUUGUAGCAGGCAUCAAAGAUGACUCCAUUACCAGUCGAGGACUAAAAGAAGGAGAUGAAAUUGUUGGUGCCACCAUCAACUUUGAUGAUCUAAAAAAAGAUGAAAUCCUGGACAUAUUAAAGCUGAUUGAGCCAUAUAAUGACAAAAUUCAGGUUCUGACCAGACAUAAUUUGAAACCCAGCAAAAGUAUGGGGAACUUGGAUGGCAGUAUUAAGGCCCCAGAUGAGAUGCUGAAGGAUUCAUACAGCAAACUUUUCAAUGGAAAAGUGAAGAAAUUCCUGGACAGUCCAUCUUCAGAAGCCACACCCGGGGACGGAUCUCUAGCCGGAAAUCCAGAAGAGUCGAAACCUGAGGAAACAGAUGCCACCUCUGUUGACCUAACCACGGACUUGCCCUCUCUCAAUGGUAAACCAAAGGUUGGUGUUUCAGACUUUCUGAAAGCCGCUAAGCAGAGAGCAAAGGGCAAAGUGGCAAUUAGAGAUGGUCUGGACACCACAGAAACGCCAGACAACAGGUUCGGUGCAGAGAUGUCUUUACCUCAAGUGGAUGUAAUAGAGUCUGACCUCAACCUUGGAGCUGAUAUAGACAUAACAGAGCCAAAUGUAAACAUCAAACCUGACAAAGAUAUCAGUGUCUCUCCUCCAGGCAUUUUAGGGGAAAACAAUCCUGUAAAAGCCAUAAUUGAUGCCGGUGUUCCAGCUCUUUAUGCUGAAAGUCCAGAAGCAAAAGUUGAACUGAAUGGUGACAUGCGAGUUCCAAGUUCAAAUAUAGAAAUAGAUAUUCUGCCGUCAGACAGUAAUCCCCCAGACAUUCAAUUCACACCACCCAAUGCUAACAUUAAUAUCCCUUCGAAGAACAAGGACAAGCCAUCUAAAAGGAAAUCAAAAGGCAAGGUGAAAGCACCAGAACUUGAUUUAGAUUCGCCCUCAGGUUAUGAAUAUACCUCAACUGGAUUAACUGACCUGAAUCUUGAUGUUCCCUCAGCAUACAAAUAUGUUCCAUCUGCCUUACCAGAUCUUAACCUUGAUAUUCCCUCAGCAUAUAAUUACAUCCCAAAUGCUUUACCGGACCUUAAUGUCGAUGUGCCCUCUGCAUAUGAAUACACAUCAAGAAAGUUUGCUCAGGAAAAGCCAACCUUGAACAUAGCAAGUCCCAAAACAAAGAAAAGAAUCAAAGCCCCAGAUUUAAAAGUUGAAGGUUCUAAAGGUGACCUCUCAGUUCCCCGAGCUGAAAUUGGCCUGAAGGUUCCUGACCUGGAUGCAGAUAUAGAAGUGCCUGAUAUUGGCACUCUGCCCAAAGUGUCUGCUCCGGACAUUGGUGGAGGAAUAAAGACAGGAAGUUUAAACAUCAAAUCUCCCAAAGUGUCAGGUGCUAUAGAUAUGCCAAACCCAAGUGGGCACUUGCCAAAACAAGACUUCAAAGGCCCUGAAAUUGACCUCAAUAUUCCAGAUGUAGAUGCUGAUGCUCCAUCAGGAAAAUUGAAAAUGCCUAAAUUUAAAAUGCCCACAUUCAGUUUUUCUGGCUUAAAAUCACCAAAUGUGUCUGCAGAGGGAAAUGGCCCAGAAGUAGAUGUAGAUUCAACAAAUUUAAAUGUUGAUAUGCCAGAUUUUAAGAUGCCUGACUCAAGACCAAAAGUUAAAGGGCCUGAUUAUGAAUUUAACACUCCAGACAUGAAUCUUUCCGCUCCUAAGAUCAAAGGCGAAAUCAAAACACCAAAAUUGAGUUCCCCAAACAUGAAACUGAAAAAUCCCAAACUAGAUGUCAGUGUCCCCAGUGCUGAUUUAGACAUGCCUACGGGCAAACUCCCAAAACUAAAAAAAACCAAGAUGGACGUCUCAGCUCCAGAUUUUGACAUUGAUGCUCCGUCUGGAAAAUUGAAGAUGCCUAAAUUUGGUCUCUCAGGAACCUUACCAAAAGGGCCUGAGGCUGACCUGAAGAUGCCAAGUAUGAAUCUCAGUGGACCAAAGAUUAAAGGAGAUUUCAAUGUCCCUGAUACAGACAUGCAUUUGGAAAAAAACAAGCUGAAAGGACCUAAAUUAGAUCUAAAUGCCCCUGAUGUGGACAUUGAUGCCCCUUCAGGUACAUUAAAAAUGCCAAAACUCAAAAUGCCAAAGUUUAGCCUUCCAGGACUCAAGGGUCCAGAUAUUGGAAUAGAUGGUGAUCUUGAUGGACCAGAUCUCAAUGUAUCACCACCUAAGGUGGGAGCUGGAUUUGAUGGUCCUGAUGUGGAUAUUAAUGUUCCAAGAGCUAAUCUGAAAGGUCCGAAAGCUGAUAUAUCUGUCCCUGAUGUUGAAAUUGGCAGUCCGUCCAGCAAAUUUAAGAUGCCAGAUUUUAAGAUGCCUGACUUUGGCCUCUCGGGACCAAAGGUUAAAGGACCUGAUUAUGAACUUAACACUCCAGACAUGAACCUCUCAGCUCCUAAGAUCAAAGGUGAAAUCUUGAAGAAUCUUAAACUAGAUGUCAGUAUUCCCAGUGCUGAUGUAAACAUGCCUACUGGCAAACUUCCAAAAGUUAAAAAACCCAAUAUGGACAUUUCAGCUCCAGAUUUUGAUAUUGCUGCUCCAUCUGGAAAACUGAAAAUGCCUAAAUUUGGUCUCUCAGGAACCUUACCAAAAGGACCUGAGGCUGACCUGAAGAUGCCAAGUAUGAAUCUCAGUGGACCAAAGAUUAAAGGAGACUUCAAUUUCCCUGAUACAGACAUGCAUUUGGGAAAACCCAAUCUGAAAGGUCCUAAAUUAGAUUUAAAUGCCCCUGAUGUGGACAUUGAUGCCCCUUCAGGUACAUUAAAAAUACCAAAAUUCAAAAUGCCAAAGUUUAGCCUUCCAGGACUCAAGGGUCCAGAUAUUGGAAUAGAUGGUAAUCUUGAUGGACCAGAUCUCAAUGUAUCACCACCUAAGGUGGGAGCUGGAUUUGAUGGUCCUGAUGUGGAUAUUAAUGUUCCAAGAGCUAAUCUGAAUGGUCCGAAAGCUGAUAUAUCUGUCCCUGAUGUUGAAAUUAGCAGUCCGUCCAGCAAAUUUAAGAUGCCAGAUUUUAAGAUGCCUGACUUUGGCCUCUCGGGACCAAAGGUUAAAGGACCUGAUUAUGAACUUAACACUCCAGACAUGAACCUCUCAGCUCCUAAGAUCAAAGGUGAAAUCAAAACACCAAAAUUGAAUUCCCCAAACAUGAAAUUGAAGAAUCCUAAACUAGAUGUCAGUAUUCCCAGUGCUGAUGUAAACAUGCCUACUGGCAAACUUCCAAAAGUUAAAAAACCCAAUAUGGACAUUUCAGCUCCAGAUUUUGAUAUUGCUGCUCCAUCUGGAAAACUGAAAAUGCCUAAAUUUGGUCUCUCAGGAACCUUACCAAAAGGACCUGAGGCUGACCUGAAGAUGCCAAGUAUGAAUCUCAGUGGACCAAAGAUUAAAGGAGACUUCAAUUUCCCUGAUACAGACAUGCAUUUGGGAAAACCCAAUCUGAAAGGUCCUAAAUUAGAUUUAAAUGCCCCUGAUGUGGACAUUGAUGCCCCUUCAGGUACAUUAAAAAUACCAAAAUUCAAAAUGCCAAAGUUUAGCCUUCCAGGACUCAAGGGUCCAGAUAUUGGAAUAGAUGGUGAUCUUGAUGGACCAGAUCUCAAUGUAUCACCACCUAAGGUGGGAGCUGGAUUUGAUGGUCCUGAUGUGGAUAUUAAUGUUCCAAGAGCUAAUCUGAAUGGUCCAAAAGCUGAUAUAUCUGUCCCUGAUGUUGAAAUGGGCAGUCCAUCCAGCAAAUUUAAGAUGUUAAAACCCAAUAUGGACAUUUCAGCUCCAGAUUUUGAUAUUGCUGCUCCAUCUGGAAAACUGAAAAUGCCUAAAUUUGGUCUCUCAGGAACCUUACCAAAAGGACCUGAGGCUGACCUGAAGAUGCCAAAUAUGAAUCUCAGUGGACCAAAGAUUAAAGGAGAUUUCAAUGUCCCUGAUACAGACAUGCAUUUGGGAAAACCCAAUCUGAAAGGUCCUAAAUUAGAUUUAAAUGCCCCUGAUGUGGACAUUGAUGCCCCUUCAGGUACAUUAAAAAUGCCAAAAUUCAAAAUGCCAAAGUUUAGCCUUCCAGGACUCAAGGGUCCAGAUAUUGGAAUAGAUGGUGAUCUUGAUGGACCAGAUCUCAGUGUAUCACCACCUAAGCCUGAUUAUGAACUUAAGACUCCAGACAUAGAUGUCUCAGCUCCUAAAAUGAAAGGCAAAAUUAAAACACCAAAAUUAAGUUACCCAGAAUUGAAAUGGAGAAGUCCUAGACUAGAUGGCAGUGUUCCCCGUGCUGAUUUAGACAUGCCCACGGGCAAACUGCCAAAAGUAAAAAAACCCAAUAUGGACAUUUCAGCUCCAGAUUUUAAUAUUGCUGCUCCAUCUGGAAAACUGAAAAUGCCUAAAUUUGGUCUCUCAGGAACCUUACCAAAAGGACCUGAGGCUGACCUGAAGAUGCCAAAUAUGAAUCUCAGUGGACCAAAGAUUAAAGGAGAUUUCAAUGUCCCUGAUACAGACAUGCAUUUGGGAAAACCCAAUCUGAAAGGUCCUAAAUUAGAUUUAAAUGCCCCUGAUGUGGACAUUGAUGCCCCUUCAGGUACAUUAAAAAUGCCAAAACUCAAAAUGCCAAAGUUUAGCAUUCCAAGUCUGAACGGCCCAGAUAUUGGAAUAGAUGGUGAUCUUGAUGGACCAGAUCUCAGUGUAUCACCACCUAAGGUGGGAGCUGGAUUUGAUGGUCCUAAUGUGGAUAUUGAUGUUCCAAGAGCUAAUUUGAAAGGUCCGAAAGCUGAUAUAUCUGUCCCUGAUGUUGAAAUUGGCAGUCCAUCCAGCAAAUUUAAGAUGCCAGAUUUUAAAAUACCUGACUUUGGCCUCUCAGGACCUAAGGUUAAAGGACCUGAUUAUGAACUUAACACUCCAGACAUGAACCUCUCAGCUCCUAAGAUCAAAGGUGAAAUCAAAACACCAAAAUUGAAUUCCCCAAACAUGAAAUUGAAGAAUCCUAAACUAGAUGUCAGUAUUCCCAGUGCUGAUGUAAACAUGCCUACUGGCAAACUUCCAAAAGUUAAAAAACCCAAUAUGGACAUUUCAGCUCCAGAUUUUGAUAUUGCUGCUCCAUCUGGAAAACUGAAAAUGCCUAAAUUUGGUCUCUCAGGAACCUUACCAGAAGGACCUGAGGCUGACCUGAAGAUGCCAAGUAUGAAUCUCAGUGGACCAAAGAUUAAAGGAGACUUAAAUUUCCCUGAUACAGACAUGCAUUUGGGAAAACCCAAUCUGAAAGGUCCUAAAUUAGAUUUAAAUGCCCCUGAUGUGGACAUUGAUGCCCCUUCAGGUACAUUAAAAAUGCCAAAACUCAAAAUGCCAAAGUUUAGCCUUCCAGGACUCAAGGGUCCAGAUAUUGGAAUAGAUGGUGAUCUUGAUGGACCAGAUCUCAAUGUAUCACCACCUAAGGUGGGAGCUGGAUUCGAUGGUCCUGAUGUGGAUAUUAAUGUUCCAAGAGCUAAUCUGAAAGGUCCAAAAGCAGAUAUAUCUGUCCCUGAUGUUGACAUGGGCAGUCCAUCCAGCAAAUUUAAGUGGCCCACCUUUAAAAAGCCUGACUUUGGCUUCUCAGGACCAAAGGUUAAAAAGCCUGAUUAUGAACUUAAGACUCCAGACAUAGAUGUCUCAGCUCCUAAAAUGAAAGGCAAAAUUAAAACACCAAAAUUAAGUUCCCCAGACUUGAAAUGGAGAAGUCCUAAUCUAGAUGGCAGUGUUCCCCGUGCUGAUUUAGACAUGCCCACGGGCAAACUCCCAAAAGUUAAAAAACCCAAUAUGGACAUUUCAGCUCCAGAUUUUAAUAUUGCUGCUCCAUCUGGAAAACUGAAAAUGCCUAAAUUUGGUCUCUCAGGAACCUUACCAAAAGGACCUGAGGCUGACCUGAAGAUGCCAAGUAUGAAUCUCAGUGGACCAAAGAUUAAAGGAGAUUUCAAUGUCCCUGAUACAGACAUGCAUUUGGGAAAACCCAAUCUGAAAGGUCCUAAAUUAGAUUUAAAUGCCCCUGAUGUGGACAUUGAUGCCCCUUCAGGUACAUUAAAAAUGCCAAAACUCAAAAUGCCAAAGUUUAGCAUUCCAAGUCUGAACGGCCCAGAUAUUGGAAUAGAUGGUGAUCUUGAUGGACCAGAUCUCAGUGUAUCACCACCUAAGGUGGGAGCUGGAUUUGAUGGUCCUGAUGUGGAUAUUAAUGUUCCAAGAGCUAAUUUGAAAGGUCCGAAAGCUGAUAUAUCUGUCCCUGAUGUUGAAAUUGGCAGUCCGUCCAGCAAAUUUAAGAUGCCAGAUUUUAAGAUACCUGACUUUGGCCUCUCAGGACCUAAGGUUAAAGGACCUGAUUAUGAACUUAACACUCCAGACAUGAACCUCUCAGCUCCUAAGAUCAAAGGUGAAAUCAAAACACCAAAAUUGAAUUCCCCAAACAUGAAAUUGAAGAAUCCUAAACUAGAUGUCAGUAUUCCCAGUGCUGAUGUAAACAUGCCUACUGGCAAACUUCCAAAAGUUAAAAAACCCAAUAUGGACAUUUCAGCUCCAGAUUUUGAUAUUGCUGCUCCAUCUGGAAAACUGAAAAUGCCUAAAUUUGGUCUCUCAGGAACCUUACCAAAAGGACCUGAGGCUGACCUGAAGAUGCCAAGUAUGAAUCUCAGUGGACCAAAGAUUAAAGGAGACUUCAAUUUCCCUGAUACAGACAUGCAUUUGGGAAAACCCAAUCUGAAAGGUCCUAAAUUAGAUUUAAAUGCCCCUGAUGUGGACAUUGAUGCCCCUUCAGGUACUGGCUUAAAUAUUUCUCCAAGACUAAAUGGGAAAAUGCCAGAGGGCCACGUUUCAGGUACCUUAAAAGAUUACACCACAGCCCUCGAACCCAGAGUCCCAGAUCUUGACAUUGACGCCUCCCUAGGUAAAAAUAACAGUCACAAGAAAUCGAAAAAUCAUGCGCCACAUUUGGAUGUGAGGGGUUCUGCACUUGAUUUAGAUGCUGAUAUGAAUUUCUCAACCAAAGACCGUCCCUCAAAGAAGACAAAAGUCAGGGCUAGCUAUCCAAUCAGUAAGGGGAAUGAGCUCACCAAUGCUAAGGUUUCCCUCCCAGAAUUACCACUUCCUCGAGACCGAGUAAUGACCCUGCCAGAAUCUAUUAUAAAUGUUAGUAAGCCUGACACGAAAGUGAGGAAGCCUGGAGAUGGUGAUUAUGACAUACAGAAAAAGAACUCCAGGCCCAAAUCAAUGGACCUUCUGGACUCUGUUGGUUUGGACACAGCAGAGAGAUCAAUAACACUUCGACGGAAGUCUAAAAGAGAACUCUAUGACGGGAAGUUAAACUCUUUGAUAAGUCUAGAUGCAAGGACCACAAAUUUUGACCUUGAGGUCCCAGAAGCCACCCCGAAAGGGUCUGUGUUUGAUCUUCUUAAACUUAUAUGAAGUCUGUCAAUCUGCAUAUUAUAGUGCAGAGAGUCACUGUGACACAAAUAGAUUGUCAGGACAACCAAAACCACACAUGGAAAAAUCUUAAAGGCCAUACACUGUGAAAUACAUCAUCCAUGAGGGAAAAUAUUCUCAAUGAAUUUAUAAAGGUGUGUACUUACAGAUGGCUGUCUGAAAUUGCUUUUGUACAGUAAUAUAACUAAGCUGCUGAAUUAUUCCACAGAGGACUUGUGCAUCAGAAUAGUGAUUAAUAAUGUCUGUGUAUGUAAAAUACAUUAUGUACAAAGUGAUGUAUAAAGCCUCAAAUGUUAUUAUUGUAUAAAUAUUUUUGUAAUCUGUGUAUUUUAAUGUCAAUAUGUUUGCCAAUAUGGUGUGAUGUUACUCCAGGUGUAACAAUGAGGAAAUAUAUUAAAAAUAUAUUUUACCAGAAGA